UGGAAGUUGGGGUUUGGAAGUUGUGGAAGGGAGAAUCCCACGAGAUGUUUCCCUGGGAGAUGGUUCAAAUACAGACACGUUUUCAUCUCCCAACUUCAACGACCCACGUAGGCCAUGGUGCUUUGCCUCCAAAGCAGAAGAAGUUCUUCCCUUGCAGCACGCGGCAAGUUCAUGCAAGGAGCCGGCCACCCAGGAAGCGCCACGAAUGCAAGGCCUGCAUGCAACCAGCCAGGAGCUCCGCGUAGGACACAUUUUUGUGGUGACUAUGGUGGAGAAGCCUGCGGCAUUGGCUGGUUCAGCAGCUUCCAUCGCCGUCAAAUGGAGAAUGGAACAAAUUGGUCAUGGCGUCCUUUGUCCGAUGCCAGCUCAGGGCAUUGCUGCCAGAACUGUACAUCGGUCAGCCUCCUUCCUUGCUACAGCUGGCAAGAAUAUGCUAUGAGGGGUGCGAUUUUGAUUUGGGAAGAUUUUGAUUGGCUAUGCGACUCACCACCAACCCAGCGACAGAACAGGAAAGCCUCUCCCCCCGCCACACCAAGACCCAAAGCUUUUGCUUUUUACUCUGUACUCAUUUUAGGGCGCGCCACGCAAAGACCUUAUUAGCAAGCUCUAAGGCAUUUCCUCGCCGGUGCGCCCAAGUACCUCGCCCGUUGCCUCGCUUCCCACUCCCCGCUCCUCGCAGCAGCUGCGAGAGCGCUGCCCCGCUUUCCCACUCUUCCGCAUUCCCUGUUUUCCACCCCGCCCACUGCAUCUGCCUGCAUUCGCCUCCCCGAUUUCCCACACUCAAGCUGCCACUGCUUUUCCGCUUUCCGCCCAAUCCGCUAGCCCGCGUUCCCGCGGUCCCGCUUUCCGCUUUCCCGCGUCCCCGCUUCCCCCCAGCACCCAUUUUCCCCUCCCUUUCCCAUCCUCGUCGGCCAUCCCAUGUCUUCCCGUCGCCAAUCCCUCCCUUCCUAUCCCCACGCCCUUCCCUUUGCGUAGCUCACUGGUCCAUUCCCUCACUCAAGCUCUUGCCUUGUCCUCCCGCUCCUCCCCCUGUUAUCCCUCCCAACAUUCCCACCAUAUCCCUAAAUCCCCUGUUUUCCUCACACUGCCCUUCUCUCUCUCCCGCGUUCCGCCCAUCUCUCUCUCCGCCGCAGCCCACCUCACUCUCCCCCGCUCUGCGCACCUCUCUUCCCCUCCCACUGGCUACCUCUCUCACGCCUACUCCACGUCAUAAUUCCUCCAACUCCCUUCCCUCAUUACCCUUGCUCUGCCCACCUCUAUCCCCCCAGCUCUUCCGAAGGUGGGCUCUGGCGGGGGGGAAGCCCUGGUCGCGAUCUAGGAACUCCCUCCCUUCCCUUCCCAUCCCUCCUUUCUCACACUCUCAUCUGCCCAUCUCACACUCCCCGUAUUCCCUCAUUCAUCUGACUACCUAUUUCUGCCCCCCCCCCCGCCUCUCUCUGAAGCGGUCCUUGUAUUCAUGCCCAAACCUGAGUACAGGGCUCGGCACUUCAGGGGUUUGACAAACCAUGCAUCCUAACCCUCCUCUGCCCCGCUAGCCUAAGCCUGCUCCCAUUCUCACCUCCUACUUCCAUCCUGUAGGUUGCAAGGUGCGUGGAAAAGGAGGUGAAUAAGGCCUAGGCUAGAGGCCCCUGGCUGAUCCUAGCUAGACUGUUAGGGGUUUCCUAGGUUGUGCUGCAUUGUGUGUCUUGUUCUUGCCUAAGAAAAAAUGGCGCUCACGACCGCUUGCUUGCUUAUGUUUCAAAAUCAAACUUUGCACUCAGUGGAAACUGGAUUCCUGCUAUUUUUAAGUCAUGUGCUUCAUUGUG